UCAACAACGCGCAUGCAGCAAUGUCUUUAUUGGUGAAGGAGAAAACCACAGUCCGCUUGGUGUUCUUCGGUGCGGCGGGUGUCGGCAAAACCGCACUGAUCCAACGCUUUCUAGAGGACAGGUUUGACCCCAAGCAUAAGCGCACGGUUGAGGAGCUCUACAACAUCGAAUAUGACAUCGACGGUGCGAAAAUCCGAAUAGAAAUCAUGGACACCAGCGGCAGCUAUUCUUUCCCGGCGAUGAGAAAGCUCUGCAUUCGCAACGGUGACGCGUUCGCCUUGGUCUACUCCAUAGACGACCCCGAGUCCUUCGACGAGGUGCAGAGGCUACGCGAGGAAAUCAUAGAAAUAAAAGAGGACCCGUUCGUUCCCAUAAUCGUGGUGGGCAAUAAAGUGGACCUUAAGACCCAGCGCCAGGUGCCCAUCGAGGUCAGCAUGUCCACCGUGGAGAUGGACUGGAACACCAGCUUCGUGGAGACGUCUGCCAAGACUAGCGUGAACGUGACAGGGGUGUUCAGAGACCUCCUGCAACAGGUUAACUUGCCUAGCCGCCUAAGCCCCGCGCUUCAAAGGCGCAGACAAACGAUUCCAAAAGACAACGUCCAACUACGCAAGAAGCCAUUCCUAAAGAAGACCAACAGCUGCGCUAUCUCAUGAUUUUAAUUGCAGCAUUUACGAGAAGACCAAAUAGCUGCACUAUUUCACGAUUUUAAUCGCAGCAUUCACAAACAUCGACAGGUGCACGCGGCUUGGGGCGAGAUCUGGCAUCAGACGCGUGGACUCAUGCG